GAUCAGUGGGGAAGUUGUUCCAUGUUCAGCUCAGCAAUGGCCUCCUGACACCUCUCUCUCUCUCUCUCUCACACACACACACACAUACACACACAUACACACACACACACACAAUGGACUUCUCUCCCUCCUCCCGCCGGAAUCGCAAACCCUCAACCUCGAAACCCGACAUCUACUCCACCGUCGUAAUCCAUGACACAGAUAAUGACGACAAGAGAAGCCCCAAAAACGACGCCGUCCAAGGUGACAUCUACGCCACAAUGAUCCGCAAAGACAACGACAUGGAUCCGAACGACGAAAUCGACGACGACGACGAUGACGAAUCUCUCCCUCCUCUCCUCAAACGCAUCCCCAAAGACUUCGACGCCACAGCCAUCAAUUAUGAUGACGGAAACGACGACGUUUCUAUCUCCGGUACAAUGAUCAUCAAACCCGAUCGAAAAAGUUUCAACAAACCCACUCCCUCUUCACCUUACAAUUUCUCUUCGGCUAAAAAAUCCUACAGUAGUUCCCUAUUUUCCUAUCGAAAUUUAUCGAUUCCGAAAAAAGAAAUUGAGGAUUCUGAAGAUGAAGAUGACAGUAAUUUUUCAACGUUCGUGUUGAGAGAAGGUGGGGUGGAUUCGGGGACAGUGGUGAGGAGGAGCAGUGGUGGUGGUGGGACGAUGAGUAGGGCAGUGGAGAGCAUGAAGGCGGUGGGGGAGGGCUUAGGGUUAGGGUUUGGGAAGAAAGGAAAGGGGGGAAGUACUGCGAGUGCUAGUCUUCAGGAGGAGGAAGGGAAGGAAGGUGGGCGGUUGAGGAGUAAAGUAUCGUCCAGUUCGAUUCCUGAUAGUGUUACGAGGGAAGAUCCGUCAACUAAGUACGACUUGCUUCAUGAACUUGGGAAAGGUUCGUAUGGGGCUGUUUACAAAGCUCGGGACUUAAGAACUUCAGAGCUGGUUGCCAUCAAAGUGAUAUCGUUAAGCGAAGGGGAGGAGGGUUAUGAAGAAAUCCGUGGUGAAAUAGAGAUGUUGCAGCAAUGUAGUCAUCCUAAUGUUGUUCGCUACCUAGGAAGCUACCAGGGAGAAGAGUAUCUUUGGAUAGUAAUGGAGUAUUGUGGGGGUGGAAGUGUUGCUGACUUGAUGAAUGUUACGGAGGAGGCUUUGGAGGAGUACCAAAUAGCAUAUAUUUGUAGAGAGGCAUUGAAGGGCCUAUCUUAUCUGCACUCAAUAUUCAAGGUACAUAGAGAUAUUAAAGGUGGUAAUAUCUUGUUGACUGAACAAGGAGAAGUCAAGUUGGGUGAUUUUGGUGUUGCUGCACAGCUGACAAGAACCAUGUCCAAACGUAACACGUUUAUUGGCACCCCCCACUGGAUGGCUCCAGAAGUUAUUCAGGAAAGCCGUUAUGAUGGAAAGGUGGAUGUGUGGGCGCUUGGAGUGUCAGCGAUUGAAAUGGCAGAGGGCAUGCCUCCAAGAGCGACAGUGCAUCCAAUGAGGGUAUUGUUCAUGAUAUCAAUUGAACCAGCUCCGAUGCUCGAGGAUAAAGAGAAAUGGUCUCUUGUGUUUCAUGACUUUGUUGCAAAGUGCCUUACAAAAGAUCCGCGACUUCGUCCCGCUGCAGCUGAAUUACUGAAGCACAAAUUUAUUGAAAAAUGCAAAAAUGGAGCUUCUGCGAUGUUGCCCAAGAUUGAGAAAGCAAGGCAAAUAAGGGCGUCGAUGGCUUUGCAGGCACAAAAUAUUACUUCAGGGCCCUCUAUAGCAGGAGAUGGUACACUAGUAGGUCUAAAAGUGAAUAAAGACUAUGGAGAGACUGUUCCCUCUAGGCAUCAUGACCUUGGUCUUCAAGUUGCCAAUGGAUUAAACAUCGUAAGCAGUCUAGAAAGACAACCCCUGUCUGAGGGUGUGGAACUGGCGGGAGAAGGUGAUUUUGGGACUGUAAUUGUUCGUGAUGGGAAUGAGAUAGAUAAGACAGCUACUCAAAUGCCAGUUCUCAAUGCAAAAGAACCCUCUCGUGAUGCUGGACACAUUGAAAGUCCUUCCUUCAGUGGUACAGGAGAUAAAUCUGUUGAUCUCAGGGUGGCUAAUGCAGUCGGGGUUGCUGCGGAUGGCAUCCAGAUUGAGACACAAACAUUUUCUCCUUCAAUGUAUGCAUCUCUUGGGCAAAAUCUUAAGAUGAAUAGCAUUUCCCAGGCCAAUGUUGGAAGUGUUGGUGCUGUAAGUGGUGGCCCAGUAAAGGCUGAGACUGUCAGUCGAAAAGCAUUAGAUAAGGUAAUUUUCAGUCUGAACUUUAUAAUUGCUCCAGACUUUGUGCCGAAUUGUUCGAGAAGCAAACAAAGUUCUACUUCCAGGUUCUACAUAAAACAUUGCCAAGCUGGUUUUGAGAGGUCUGUGUUUUGAAGUGUGAUUGAUUUUUAGAUGAAACACCUAUUUGUCUUGGGCUACACUACUUCAACUUCAAAUGUCCUGUUUUAAUUUUAGUACUCUUCUCCUGGUAUGAAUUUUAUGUGUUAUUAGAGGUUAAACCAUGUGGAGCAUAUGGAUUGUUCUCUCCAGCCUUGUAAUGACUCGAUGCUUGCUAAUGUCAUUUUGGGUAUUGAUUCAUGCAACUGUCUGUUUAGGUUUUCUGCUUAAUUGGCAUGGUGUUUCAACAUUAUUGAAUUUGUAGUCAACAUUUCUAAGCGUCUCCUCAACUAAUGGCAUGACUGUCUGUCUUUACCUUGUGACAACAUUCUUUAUGGGAUUUAGAUGCCUGCGUAUUUGGUGUUCAUUGUCCUUGUAGCUGUGGUCCAUAUAUGCAGCUGGAAACACUGUACCUAUUCCAUUUCUGAGGGCAACAGAUAUAUCUCCUAUUGCACUUCUGUCCGAUAAUGUGCUUGAAGGCUGUCAGCGGGAUAACAGUGGAAACAUAGCAGUGGAAGCAAUGCAAGAGCUAUUUGUGGGUGAUGGACAGUCCAAAAAAGGCCGAAGUAGACAAAAUGAGGUCCCUCUUCCUCCAAGCGUGUUCCAGAGACUCACUUCAAGUCCUACGCUGAUGAAUCUUACCCAGGCUUUAGCUUACCACAAAAUGUGCUAUGAAGAGAUGCCACUCCAGGAAUUGCAAGCAGUACAAGAGCAACAGACGAUACAGAACCUUAGCAAUACACUUCGGACUAUUCUCCGAUUGUAGCUAAUUGUUUUUGGGGAAAAAUUGUUGUAUGAUUAGGUUAGGCUUUUAAUUAUUUUACAGUAAUUUCUCUUGCUUUGAGAUAAAGGGUUCAAGUCUUUUUUCUCCCACCCCGAAAAAAAAAGAAUGUUUAUCCGACUCAAAAUCUUGUACAGGCUAUAAGCUGCUAAAAAAUUCAAUGCACAUUUCCAUGUAAUUAGGGAACGUCAUUUUGUUAUUACUUGUCUUUUCCA